CCACCUCCCCCCCUUCCCGUAACCCGUCCCCUGGGCAACACAUGCCUUUCACUGGGGGACAAAAGCCCCCCUCCAGUCCCCACCCCAUGAGGACACCCCCCUUGUCUCCCUCGGCCUUGCCAGCAGAGGGUGGCCCCUGUUGCCCAGGGAGAUGGGGUGGGUGGUCCGAGCACCCUUAUAAAAAUGGCAGCCGUGGAGACAGGCAGGCCAGACGCACCCAAGCCAUCCUUCCGCUCGCCCCGGGGGGUCAAGGCAGCCAUCCCGACCCACAUCCCAAAGGAGAAACUCGCUGGCUUGUUUUGGGGUGAAGGAUGAAGGUCUUGCCUGCCUCCCUCUUCCUCUUCCUCCUGCCCCUGGCCUCCCAGACCCCUGUCCACUCAACCCAGUCCUUGCUGGAGAUCCUUGGGGAAGACCUGGCCACCUUGCUGUCGGCCAACGAAGGGGACCACCCGCCGCCACUCUCCCAGAUCCUACACGGCCAACAGCCCCUCCACGAUGCCCCUGGCCCCCCAGCCCCCUCCUCAGGGGAGCGCGCCUUUAUCCACCUCCUGAAAGACUUUGUGAGCACCCAGAAGAGGUUCCGGGGGCGAGCCAAGAAGAUGGCCCAGCAAGGGUGCUUUGGCAUCAAGCUGGACCGGAUCGGGACCCUCAGCGGCCUUGGCUGCUAACGGUGCCACCCCUCUGACGAAGCCCCCAGGGGCCGAAGGACUCUGCACAGACAAAAGUGCCCGCCGGGUGCUUGCAAAUAAAUCGCCGUGCCUGCCCCUCCGGGCGAUCUGCCCCGCUUUAGACCAAAAAAAUUAAAAGCCCCUCCACAACCCUGACCCCCACGGACUUACUCCAAACACCAAGCGUCUCAACGUGCCAACCAUCUGUAACCAAUUGGAACCUGUCUUAAAUUUUUGCAAAAAAAUAAAAUUGUUUCUGUUUGACUCCCCCA